CUUGCGAACCGGUCUUCUUUCAGUUGCAGUGCGGUAUUCACGCAAGAUGUACCGUCAGAGACGUUUGUAUAGUCAUCAUUGACUUAAACAAGAGUACCACCCACUUUUAUAUAACAGCGACGAAUCGUUGUGGGAGUGCCUGUUAAUUGAGCCCCUCAAGAAACAAGUCUUUGAGAACGCAGUGGCUUGUGAAUGUAAAUGGUAUUUCUAAGAAGAAAUAACGUAGCACGAAUUACUUGGCAUAAUGUACCUGCUAAUCAACAAGUGUGUUUUGAGCGUUUAUGGUGUGCUUAGAACGGUAGCACGUAUCGGAUAAUAAGCCAAAGACGUUAUUUUGUACGUGGGCGGUUUAUACCUAGUUUAGCUCUAGAAUGUUUGGGACGCUCACAUCUGAGGCCUGUGGGUAGGGUGGGGCAGUGGGCCGCUUUAGGCUCAGACGUUGUCUCUAUACAUCUCAGAUAUCACCUAAAGAGGUUUUUAAUCCAGAUUCCGGGGAAUGGGGAAGGGGAAAAGUAUUCCUUUGAGAGAAAAAUGUCGUCUGUCUUGGGAAGAUUUUAAGGUCCUGUUCUCUUAGGUAAUCCCUGUUUAUCCCUAGACUGGAGUAGAUUUCUUUAUGAAGACUGGGUAGGACACUGGUUGGGCUCUGGCUUUGGAUUGCAUUCGAAUCCCCGUGUUAUGACCUAGCUGUGCAACCGGAGGCGGUCACUUCAAGUAACUGAGUUCCUUUAUACACUAAAGAUAAUUUUAGUAACUUCUCCCAGAGUUUGGUGAGAUUUAAAUGAGACCAAGCUAGUUAUCGUGUUUUCCGGGUAAUUUAGGAGGGAAUAUUAAGUAUUACUCCUGUAACCCCAGAAACUACUGGUAACAAGAAUGAUAGUGAUGGCAGUGAUUUGUGCCCGGGAGGGUCUCUCGUAGUUCUUAUUCCAGGAACGGAGGGGCCGGUGGGGGAAGGGCGCGGGCUUGGCCGAGCACUUUAGGCCCCGCCCUCAGUGCCGGCGCCCUUCUACCGCGCAUGCGUUACGCACGCGGGUGUUGUGUUUUGACGCGCGGGGGUUUGCGGAGUGGGUCUCGCUUUCUGCUGCCGUCCCCCAAGCUGCCAUUGGUGAUGAGCGCUUUACGUCACAGGGGUCGCAGCAGCCGCCGGGGUCUCCGCUGUCUCGCGAGGAGGGUGAAGCGCCCCCGCCUGCUCCCGCUCUUGAAGGCCGGCGGAGAAGUCGCCGGGUACGCCUUCGCGGAUCCUGCCGUCACCGACCUAGCUUUCUGGGCCGCCGGGAGUUUGGCACGAGCGCCCCAGCCGGGACUGCACCGGUAUCCUCCGAGAUAAUGGCAUCAGCUGCUAAGGAAUUUAAAAUGGACAACUUUUCACCUAAAGCUGGUACUAGCAAAUUGCAACAGACAGUACCAGCUGAUGCAUCUCCUGAUUCUAAGUGUCCUAUAUGCUUGGAUAGAUUUGAUAAUGUGUCUUACUUAGAUCGCUGUUUACAUAAGUUCUGUUUUCGCUGUGUACAGGAGUGGUCAAAAAACAAAGCUGAAUGUCCACUAUGUAAACAGCCCUUUGAUUCUAUUUUCCAUUCUGUGAGGGCAGAAGAUGACUUCAAGGAGUAUGUCCUAAGGCCUUCAUAUAAUGGUUCUUUUGCAACCCCUGAUGUUCCACGAUUUCGCUAUCGUACAACUAUGACAAGGGAUCGAAGUGCUUCUGUUUAUUCACCUAAUAAUACCAUGAAUAGAAGAACAACAACUCCACCAGAUAGUGGAGUGCUAUUUGAAGGGUUAGGCAUUUCAACAAGACCUAGAAAUGGUGAAAUUCCUCAACUUAUGAGACAGAUUGCAAUUAGGAGGCCAACUACUGCAGAUGAAAGAUCUUUGCGGAAAAUUCAAGAACAGGACAUUAUUAAUUUUAGACGAACUCUGUACCGUGCUGGUGCCCGUGUUAGAAAUAUUGAAGAUGGUGGUCGCUGCAGGGAUAUUUCAGCUGAAUUUUUCCGUAGAAAUCCAGCUUGCCUUCACAGAUUAGUCCCCUGGUUAAAACGUGAACUUACAGUUCUUUUUGGAGCUCAUGGAUCUUUAGUGAAUAUCGUCCAGCACAUCAUCAUGAGUAAUGUUACUCGCUAUGACUUGGAGAGUCGGGAAUUUGUGUCUGACUUAAGACCGUUUCUACUUAAUCGGACUGAGCAUUUUAUACAUGAAUUUAUCAGUUUUGCUCGAUCUCCUUUUAACAUGGCAGCUUUUGACCAGCAUGCUAAUUAUGAUUGCCCUGCUCCUUCAUAUGAAGAAGGUAGCCAUUCUGAUUCUUCAGUCAUAACAAUAUCUCCUGAUGAAGCUGAGACCCAAGAGUUGGAUAUCAAUGUAACCACUGUUAGUCAGGCACCAUGGGAUGAUGAAACUCCAGGGCCAUCUUACUCAAGCUCAGAGCAGGUGCACGCUGCCAUGUCUUCCCUUUUAAAUACUUCUGAUAGUUCAGAUGAAGAACUUGUAACAGGAAGAGCCACGUCUCAGAUACAAGGAGUACAAUCUAAUGAAGACCUAAAUAAUGACAGUGAUUCUUCUUCAGAUAAUUGUGUCAUUGUUGGGUUUGUUAAACCACUAGCAGAAAGGACCCCAGAACUUGUUGAACUGUCCUCUGAUUCUGAGGAGUUAGGCUCUUAUGAGAAAAUGGAGACUGUGAAGACACAAGAACAGUCUUACAGUUCUGGUGAUAGUGAUGUUAGUAGAUGUUCAUCUCCACGCUCUGUCCUUGGAAAGGAUGAGCAAAUGAAUAAAGGUCACUGUGGUUCUGGUAAAAGAAUCAAGUCAAAAAAGGAAGAGAAACACUCUACGUCCUUGUCGUCUCCCAGAGACCUGAGCUCAUCUAUCAGAGGAGACAGAGUAUAUUCCCCAUAUAACCGUAGACACAGGAGGAGGGGAAGAUCAAGAAGUUCAGAUUCACGUUCCCAGAGUAGAAGUGGGCAUGAUCAGAAGAAUCGUAGAAAGCAUCAUGGGAAGAAAAGGAUGAAAAGCAAAAGGUCCAGAAGCAGGGAGAGUAGCAGACCUAGAGGUAGAAGAGACAAAAAGAGAUCAAGAACUAGAGAUAGCAGUUGGUCAAGAAGAAGCCAAACUCUCUCUCUCAGUAGUGAAAGCACCAGCAGAUCAAGAUCUCGUAGCAGUGAUCAUGGUAAAAGAAGAUCACGGAGCAGAAAUAGAGAUCGUUAUUAUUUAAGAAAUAAUUAUGGAAGCAGAUAUAAGUGGGAGUAUACUUAUUAUAGUAGAAACAAGGACAGGGAUGGCUAUGAAUCAUCUUAUAGGAGGAGGACUCUGUCCAGAGCUCAUUAUUCCAGACAAUCUUCAAGUCCAGAAUUUAGAAUUCAGUCCUUUUCUGAAAGAACAAAUGCUAGGAAAAAAAAUAAUCACAGUGAAAGAAAGUAUUACUACUAUGAAAGGCAUAGAUCAAGGAGCCUAUCCAGUAAUAGAUCAAAGACUGCAUCUACCGGGCCUGACUGGGUAAGAAAUGAAAAGCCUGGAGGGAAACGAAAAUACAAGACACGGCAUUUGGAGGGUACUAAUGAAGUGGCUCAACCUUCUCGUGAAUUUGCUUCUAAAGUAAAGGAAAGUCAUUACCAAAAAUCCUCAUCAAAAUUGGAUGGCAGCCACAAAAAUGAGAGUGACAGCUUCUCAGACAGCCGAUCAUCAGACAGAGAGACAAAACACAAGAGGAAAAAAAGGAGGACCCGGAGCCUAAGUGUAGAGAUAGUUUAUGAAGGGAAAGCUACUGAUACAACUAGACAUCAUAAAAAGAAAAAGAAGAAGCACAAGAAGAAACAUAAGAAACAUCAUGGGGACAAUCUUUCACGUUCACCAGUUGUAAUUACCAUUGAUAGCGAUAGUGAUAAGGAUUCAGAAGUAAAGGAGGAUACAGAAUGUGACAAUAGUGGUCCUCAGGACUCUCUACAAAAUGAGUUUUUGCCUCCUCCCUUGGAACCAUUUGAAGCUAAAGAGGUAGUUACAAUAGAAGAUGAAUUUGGCAUCCUAGACAAGGAGUGUAGUAUUACCACACUUAAUAACAACUUGAAUAAUGCCAACAAAACUAUGGAUAAUAUUCCACUCCAGGCAGCUUCAGUUGAACAAACUCUUGAUGUAAGAGAAGAGAGUACUUUUGCCUCUGAUUUGGAGAAUCAGCCCAGUAAUAUCUCUUUUCAAACUGAGCCAUCAAGGCAAUUGCCAUCUCCACGGACAUCAUUAAUGUCAGUGUCUCUUGGUAGAGACCAUGAUAUGUCUUAAAACUGCCAAAGCAUCUCAUUGAGAAUUCUGAUGGUAUUAAAAAAAAAAGAAAAGAACAGUGUCAUCUACUGCAGUCUAUUUAAAGAUGACUUUUGGUGAAAGCUCUUUUCCCUCUUAAAAAUAUUUUAAGUGAUUUUUUUGUGUGUGUGUUAAAAAUUUGUAAAAAUCAUUAUUUGUUCGAAAAGUAUGUAUGUCCUACCCUCAGAGAUACGCACUUUUAAGUGAGGAAAAUGAUACUGCUAGUAGUUUAUUUAAAACUUGGGAUCCUUUUUAAAUAAAAAAAAUAUAAAUUUUAGAAGUUAUUUCAUAAAGCCAUAUGGUAUUGACAUAUUUUUAAAGUAGUCAAUGAGUAUUUUUGAAUUUCUUUUUUUUUUUUUUUUUUUGAGAGUUAUUCUGGAAAUGUGUUAUAAGCUAGCAGAAUCCCUUUGGACAGUCUUUAUUUUUCUUCUUAAAAAUUUGUAUGAUUCAAAACCAUUUCUUCAGGUUAAAUUGAGGCAUUUUAAUCUGCACAGUUUAUCUUGACAUCUGCCAAAAGAAAAAUUUAAAUAUUUCCUUUAUAUACUUGUUUAUCUGGGCUGCCAGUGAAACAAAUGUGUAUUCAGCAAAAUAAAAAAUAAAAUAGUAAUACUUUAAAACAAGAAUCCAGAAAUUUUCCUAUGCAGUAUUGCCUUUAAAAAAAAAAAAAAUAGAGGAGCUAAAAUCUUGAAAAUAGUUCAGGAUAUAUAAAUUUAAGGUGAUCUGUGUUUAACUGCACAGCUUUAAUUAUUUUAGUUCUUUAAUCUGAUUAUGAGGAAUAUAUGUCUUCAACAGAAUGCAGCUAUGUAGCAUUUAGCUUACUAAAAACAAAAAACCCUUGCCAAACUUCUUUUACAUUGGUAGUUCUUAGUAGUGGUUGUUUUUUACAUUUGGUAGUUCUAAAACAUAGUGGUUAUGUUUAUGUUUUACCCUGUUUUAGAGAUGACAAAGUGCUUUCCAUCUAUCCUAAAGUAAGAUUGCCAGGGGAGAACAGAACUUGGAUUAAGUCUAAUUCAGCCUUCAGUUUGCCUUGCUACCAUAUUCAUUCGUUGUUCAACAGAAGUUGGAAUGCCUGCAGUGUGACAGGUUCUUUACUAUGUUUUUAGGAAUUCAGUGAUAGAACAAAGCAGAUCUUCUUGCCUUCACGGGACAUAGGUAAAUAUUACAAACUAUAAGUUCUCUGAAGAGAAAGUAUAAUUUCCUAUAAGAACAUACAGUGGGGGCCUAAUCUCAUGUGGAAGUGAUGGCUGAAUUGAAAUUCAGAAAACAAGUAGAUGUUAGCUAGGAGUAGAGGUGUUCUUAGCAAAGGAAAAGAUGUCUAAAGAUCCAAAAGCAGAAGAGUAGCCUAGCAUAUUCCAAGAACUAAGAGAAGGCAAAGUUAACCAAAGGGCAAAGAGUGUGGGACCAAGCUUUGUAGGUCAUGUUUGUAUUUGUCCUCAUGACAGUAGGAAAUUCUUUUAAAAUGACAAAUGACAAUCUAAAUUGAUGUCAGCAUUUUUAGUAAGCUCAGACACUGAGAAAUUACGGGAAGGCUAUAGUUAGUUGAUCAAGGAAUGUACUUUGAAAUUAUGACAUGAUUUUGUUUUUUCUUAAGUUUUAAAAACUUAAUGCACUUUCAUUUUCUGAUUUUACAUGGUAUUUUUAGUCAAACAUUUGUGAAAACCUAUCUUAAUGUUUUCAGUUGAACCCAUGAAACUCAUCUUAAUACAGGCACCAUCACAUCAUCCUCUUAGGUGUUCAGGCCAAAAAUUUCCCAGUCUUUGAUUCUCCUCCUUCGGCCCUCUCAUUCAAUCCCCAGAUCCUGGUCACUGAAUAUUUCUAAUGUGUCUGUACAAUCCAAUCCAGGCAGCCAUGAGCUCUCACCUGUGCUCUUAUAAUGGGUCUGCCUGCAUCCACUGUUGCUCUACAUCUACCCUUUUGCCUCCAACCAUUCUUGAUGUGGCAUUCAAAAGAUAUUUUAAAAAAUUGUUUUUGUUUUUUCAUUCCCCUAUUUAAAAUCCUUCAGUAACUUUCUGUUAUUCUUAGGAUACUUAAUAAAAGCAAACAGAAAUCCAGCAUAAUAUUGUUUACAUACCUCUGCCUAAUCAGGUUCUGGUUCAUCUUCAGGUUUUCUCUCACCUCACUUGUGCUCUGGCCAUCCUAACCUGCUUCAGGUCUGUGGAGGUGCUGCUCCUUGCUAAUGCAGAGCCUUCAUAUGUGGAUUUUUCUUCUGCUGGAAACUGAAUUCCAUCCUAGCUAAAGGAGGCUUCUGGUAAAGUGUGCCCCUCUUCCACUAUUUCCCCUCAAUUACUUGCUCCUUUAUUAAUCCUGGGCUCUUUCUGUAGUAAUUGAUUACUAAAUGUUCUCUCAUCAGUCUGCAGUUCUUUGGCAACUGUAUGUAUGUGUACUGGUAAAUCCCUUCUGUUUUCUUUCACAUAACAAGUGCUUGAAGCACAUACUGGAUGGAUGACCAGGUGGUAGGGAUUUUAAAAAUUGGCCAAGACCUGCUUUCUGCUUUCAGAGGGCUCCACUCUCUAUCAGAUUUUAGCCUGACACUGUUCUGUUCAUCUGAAUUCAGUGUCCACGAGACAUUUUAUCUUACCUCAGGUUUUCAGUGUUUUUGUGACUUUUGCAACUUUUUUGUUAAAGGAAAUGCAGCCAAGCAUUUGCACUUGCUCCUUCAUGAAUCUUCAGAUUGACGACGGGAAAACUUUUUCUUACUUUCACUUCCCAUUCUCAGGAAGCUCUGUGGGAGCCAAUCCAAGGGCCUCCCCAACCUAUUUAAUGUGUAAUAAUGAUGGGCUGUAUGUAUAAAGGGGCAACAACUUAUUCAGGUAAGCUGAUGGCCCAUUCUUACUGGGAGUUCUUCCAUCAUGGGGAAUAAUUGCAAUCCUCUGCCAGUGAGUAUGGAUGCAGUGAGCCAGUCAGCACAUCCCUAGACUCAGAAAAAUUUUCAGAAGGUUCUUCAGGAUACCAGAAACCAUGCGUAACCUGGUUUGGGUUGUCGCCAGCCCUGGUGUUCCCACCAAUGGGGGCAGGGGAUGGGAAGUAGAGGAGAAGAGUUCCUCUUCACAAACCAGAUUUCAUCAGAAUUCUGAGCAUGGGUCCAUUUCUAAUAUUAAGUUCAUAAAGCUAUGUGCAAUUGAAAUGUUAACAUUAAAUUACUAUAAUGUGCUAUCACUGAGACCAGAACUUAGUACCCCCUUACUUGCAAGGGAUAAGUUCCAAGAUUCCCCCCCCCCAGUGAAUGCCUGCAACUAGAUAGUACCCAACACUGUCGUAUUUUCUAUACAUACAUAACUAUGGUAUAAAGUUUAAUUUAUAAAUUAGGCACAAUAAGAGAUUAACAAUAAUAAGAAUUGGACAGUUAUAACAAUAUGCCGUAAUAAAAGUUAUGUGAAUGUGGUCUCAAAA